AUGGCUCCCAAGGCCGAUGUCCAGGUCCUAAUCGUCGGUGGCGGCAUUGCCGGGCUGACGCUGGCCAACAUCUGUAAGAAAAUUGGGCUCAGCUACAAGGUGUUCGAGCGUACUGCCGAGGUAACCCCCGUGGGUGCAGGCAUCUCGCUGGCCCCGAAUGCUCUCCGGUUGCUCGACCAACUCGGCUUCAUGGACAUUAUCCGGAAGGAAGGCCAGCCGCUGCGAAAGAUUCAGGUCUAUCGCAACACUACCCGAUGGAGCCUACUUGACUUUGAAUGGCUCGAGCCAACAUAUGGCUAUUCAAUGUACUCGAUGCCCCGGCACAGCAUGCACCGCGCCUUGUACCACCGGGCGGAUCCGGAGCACGUCAUCCUGGGAGCUGAGGUUGUUGGCAUUGAGGACGAGCCCAACUCUCCGACGGUCAAGAUUCGCCUGGCAGAUGGCCGCGAGUUCAGCGGUGAGGUGCUCGUGGGCGCCGAUGGCAUUCGGUCGAUCGUACGGCGGCUCCUUGCCGACAAGCAAGGGCUGGCAGGCGUCAACACCAUCCGAUUCACCGGGCGCACCCACAUGACGGGCAUCUCUUAUCCGCUGGAGCAUCUCGGACCUAACGAUCUCGGCGUAGCAACCUGGGUCUUCUAUGAUGACUGCAUUCUCACCUCUUGGCCGUGUACCGAAAAUCGCCAAUGGUUUGUCGGGGUCAAGCCCUCCGAAGCCAAGACCACCACACGGUCCACUUGGAAAGGUGCCACUAAGGAAAUGAUCAACGAAAGCUACGGACACCGCUUCCAUCCGUUUGGCAAGAAUCACACCGUACGCGAUGUGGUCGAUGUGGCGGAACGCGUGACGGCGAGUGAUGUGUUUGAGGAAACCGCCUUUCCGAAGAUGGCGCAUGGCCGCGUGGCCUUGGUGGGAGACUCGGCGCACUCCAUGACAUCCUUCAUUGGUCAGGGCGCUUGCCAGGCGAUUGAGGACGUGGGAGAACUGGCGAACCUGCUGCACACCUACUUUGCCGGCCAGUCGGGCAAUCCGCAGGUGCUGCAGGACUUGCUGCAGGAAUUCCGCAAAAGCCGAGAGCCACGGGCACGCAACCUCGUGUACUAUUCCAGCAUCUUCGCACAGGUGCAUACAGGACGCCUCCCGUACGGACUGGGGCCACUGGCACGCCGGAUCGCCUUCACCUAUGCCCCUGUGUGGUGCUGGAAAUGGGCUUGCAAUCCACUGUACGGGUACCAGCCGCGCGUCCACGCGUUGGAUCUGUUGUCCCGGUAA